CGCCGAGCAGCGCGGGCUUCGCCCGGCGACGUCCGCCGGCGGCGGCGAGGGGAGGAGUGGACGGCCGAGACUGAGCGGCGGCGGCUAGGGUUCCCGCGGGAGCGACCUGCGGAGCGCGUGAGGAACUGAGGUUAGUAUGGCAAUCAGCGUUGAUAUCGUCCAGCACUCGUAGUUCAGGUACCUCCCCUGCCAUUCUCUUGGAGCUUGAGGAAGUAGGAGAGCAUGGCGGACCACUUGUCAAGCGUGUUCAGCAGUCUCAGAGUUCUAUUCCAAGGUACUCAGAGUGGCAGCCUGUCGGAGCAGCUUGCUUCCGUGCCGGAGGAGGGCACCACCGGCUUCAUGGAUCCCUUGCCGCCGCUCUCGUACCGCGAGUCGAUCCGAAGCGUCGUUGUCUGGCCCGGAUGGGGCUUCUCCGCCCAGUCCGGUCAGAGCGGAUCCAACUACUACAGCAACUCAGGUGCCUCAAGUUCUUACAUGUCAUCCAACUACUCUGUCUGCUCCUCCGGCUCGGCGUUAGCUGCUGAAGCGGACUUCAGUGCCAGCGAGCUCACAAAGAUCGCUCAAAGAAUGGUCAGCGACGGUUACGUCAAGCGCAUAUUCCAAUCGUUCAUCGACUCAUCUUUCUCACCUAUAGUCAGAUGCGGUGGCCGUUUUUUGCUGGAGAAUUGGUUCGUCGAGCUUGACGUCGACUGGGUUCUCCAAAUGCGCGAGAACAAUGGCGAUAAGUGGCGCUUCCAGUUCAGGGACAUGUCUGCAUCGCGCCUCCAAGAAUUGGUCGAGAGGUGGAGCCGAGCUAUCACAAUAAUUGUUGUCAGUUUCAGAGAGCUGGUCGCUGUCAUCCAUGACGCGCCGGCAGUUGCGCAGUUUGGUAAAGCGAGCAUCUCACCAAUGCUCGCCUUUGUCGACGCCGUGAUCCAUGUUAAUGAGGCGGAGAAGCUACAGGCCCUGCUACACACAUACUUCUGUAUCUCCAGUGCAUCAUACAACAUGUCUAUGAUUCACGUCAUCUCUUCGGAAGCCCAAAGGAUUUUCAACGAGAUAAGCGCCUCGUUGGACAGAGAAAGGAAGAGGUUGAUUGCGGCAAUGUCAGGCACGAUGCGCCGAGGGUGGAAAAGUUAUAAUGAUCACAGGCAUCGGACAAUGGGAGGCGAGGAUUACAGGAACACUCGGCUGUUGGUGGAUUGCAUAAAGUUGAUAAGGAGAGCACAGGCAUCGGCAAAGAACUCUGCACAGAGCCACUACACUCGAGAGCUUCACGACCUGAUACAUGGAGAGAUCAGUUAUCUCAAGGAUCUACUUGCAAAAAUAUCGGCUAGGUGGUGGGGCAAAAGACGACAUGAAAAUCAUAGUGGUCACGAGGAUCUGCUUGUCAAAAUAUCGGCUUGGUGCUGGGACCCAAGCUUCAGGUACAUGUUCUUGCUUAACAAUUCAUAUUUCAUAGCGCAGGUGUCUGAGCCAUCGGCAUCUGUUGAGCUGUGCUCUGGACAUCAGCAGAGACUUGAACUUAUACCUGAAUGUGAGAAGUACAUUGAUGGUUAUCUUGAUGCUUCCUGGGGACAUGUGCUCUCCUGUAUACCAAAAUCGAGAUCUCCUGGAUUCAUCCAUCGUUGGAUCAACACCCCUUCACUGACCAAAUUCGAGUUAGCAUUUCGUGAAACGUACCAGGCUCAGAAGUUCUGGAAGGUUCCGGACCCUCAGCUCAGAGAUGUGCUGCGGAGAGCUAUCAUCGAGAGAGUCAUUCCAGGUUACCGUGACUACCUGAAGGAGCAUCCCUUGCUGGAGAAACAAGCUAGUGACGGAAGCAGCAGUCCCGAAGUUUUGGAGGAGAUGCUGGGAGAGCUAUUUGAAGGAUGAAAACUGCUUUUGAUGCAUCAAACAGGGACACCCGACAAAUAAGAGGCCGGAGUCAUGUUUCAUAAUUAUAUUUGAACUUCCUGUUUCGUUUUUAAGUGGAGUUGUAUUCUGAAUUCCAUUCCCCAGCAAAACAAAAAAGGUAUUCUGAAUUCUGUUGGUAGCUUAAUAAACGCCAGAUACUGUAUCAACUAGGCAUCAGCCGUGGGUGUGCUUUUAUUCGAUUUCAUGAUGCAUUCUGCUUC